GAGGCCUAUGUCGCUUUUGGUUACUUUCCUCUACUGAGUAAAUUUUCAGGUGUGAAAUCAAAUAAAAGAGCUAUAUAUUAUUUAAAAUCAAUAUUAAUGAUCUGUGAGGGAUAGUAUAUUUUAACAAUAUUCCACGUAUAUACUUUUAGUACUCAUCAAUACUAAGUAUUCCCCAAAAAAGUUGUGACGUGGCAGCCGUGGAGGCGCCCGUACCGAAUUAGUGAGAAUGUUUUUCGCGUGUCGCGUCGCUGACGGUUUUCGAGACCUUUCCGAAUAUCGCGUUCCGUCGAAUGUUUGUUUGUGAAAGUCUUAGAACAAAGCGAAGAAGCGAUUCUUGCGAGCGGAGCAGAUGCGAAGGUCAGCGCGUCCCGAAUUUUGUGCCCCUCGGCGUCCCUUGCCGGCCACCAGGACGAGGAGUGGAGGACAUCGAGGGGCGAGGAAGCAGCGGCCGACAACUAGCGAAGCCCUUACUCAGCAAGCAGCUGUCGCGAGAGCCCAGCAAAAAAAAAAACGGAAGAACCGAGAGAGGCAACAGGUGGAUUCACGAGGACAACAGCGUCGCGAGACGAAAAGUGCCUCGAGACAAGAAUACCGAAAUCUGCCGAUUCUCGACUAUCGACAACCACCACCAGGACGAGGGGUGAAGCGACGAGGGAGGAUCCGCGAAGAUACGUGAUCCUCCAAGAGAGAAACAACUGACAGCCUUACCGCGACUACCGCCGCGAACGGAGCAAAUUUCCGCCACGCGUCCUAUACCAAGCGCCGAGCGAGCGUGACAGAGAACGAGAGUGCCAGAGAGAGAGAGAGAGAGAGAGAGAGAGGCAAGGGAGAGCGGAGUGGCAGAGAGAGAGCGGGGCGAGAGAGAGAGAGAGAGAGAGAGAGAGAGAGAGAGAGAGAGAGAGAGGAGCGCGAAGACGGAGGGAGAGCGGAGCGGGAGAGAGAGCGGAAAGAGAGAGAGAGGAUCGCCGCCGCUGCCGUCACCGCCGUCGUCGACGCCGACAUCGCCGCCGACUCAGGGUCGCCGCCGAGUAAUGUAAGAUCGACCAUCUGUUCAGAAAUUUAUUUGUGCCGCGUAUCGGCUCGUGCCUUAUCGUGUCUCGUCCGCGGAGUGGUCGCGCGGUUAAUAAAAGGCUCGCCCGAGGAAAUCGUCCCCGGGCUUCGCGUGGCAUUCUCGCGAACAGUACCGUCUCCCGAGGAGCGUUGCCGUUACCAUGUUAUAUCGCGUAUUGAAUAUCGGGACGUGCGAGUCCCCCAAUAAACGUACUUCUCAUUAUCGAUAUCAAGUCGAGUUGAUUUCGCCUUCUCCUAACCCAUUCCGUCUCCGACUUAAAACUCUUGGAGCUGCCGGUCCCGAUGGUCCCGAGACACGCGAAUUGCGUGUAAGUUCCUAUCACGGUUAUCGCGAGGUGGUGCGGCCUUUCCGCACCUGGCGCCCAACGAAUCUUUUUCGGCUUGGUGGUGUGAACCGGAGCCGACGGUAGUUUGCUGACGCGGUUGACAGGCGACGGUCUGCCGUCGCUCGCGAAAUUACCUUCGCGAGUAGCGUCGCAAAGUAUUGGCCAAUAGUAUUAACUAAUACUAAGUAUUGCGCACUUAAUACUAUUUUUCAGUAUUUAUGAAUACUUAGUAUUCAUCAAUAUUAAAUAUUGCCCAAAAAGUAUUAGCCAAUUUAGUAUUAACCAAUACUAAGUAUUCAAUAGGUUUUUUUCCUUAAAGGAUAAACUACUAGGUAUUGAAGAUUGUCAACACGCACUCCAAACUUUCGUGAAUCUCUAUGGAUAACUUCCUAAGCGGUAUACCACCGAUCUCUUAUUCAAGUCCUGACUCCGUUAGAAUGUUGCCUAACCUGAAAGCAGCUUGCUUAACCUGUUGAAUAUUUUGAAAAUGCAAUGGCAACUUUUUAUCAUCGAUUAGCUUACUGUCAAGAAGCCAACGAUCAACAGUUUGAGCAUUUGCAUUGAUGAUACUUUCAAUAACCAGUUUAGUCUAAUGCUUUGAUAAUGCUUUGUCUUGUCUUAAUUUGCUAAACAGCCAUUACAGUCUUGCCUUGACUGGCUGGACAAUGCUUUGUUUUACCUUAAUUGGCUGGACAAUCUUACAGUCUUGACUUAACUGUCUGGACAAUAUACUUGUCUUGAAUGACCUCUAAACUUGAGCUUUGGUCAAAGUCACCAUCAAAUAUCUCUCUUUAAUCACUGAAACACUUUUCUGAAAAGUUAUCCAACUGUUGAAGGUUUGACCUUCAAAUGACUCUCAGGGAUCACUUUGACCCAAUGACUAAAUACAUAUCUGGACGUAUAAUUUCCCGUUCUUUCCAUUUCCGAGGUAAAAAAUGGGGGUUUCCAUUUAAGAUUUUCAAGUUUACUUUGAAAUGACUUCUGAACUUGACCUUUGAGUCAAGAUCAAUAUCACCAUCGAAUUCCUGUUUUCAAUCCUAAAACUUUUGUAUUUAACGUUUUUCUCAAUAACGCUUUCCUGAGGAGUUAUUUAGCUGUCUCGGAACUUUUUGGACAUUCUGUAUAUAUAAAAUAUUAAUAUAUUAUUGUGAGCAAUAUAUUUCAACUUGCUUUUUUAAUAUAUUCAUUUUAAUAUUUUAAUAUAUAACAGUAUUAUAUUUAUCGUAUAGAUUUGUCUAUUGUAGAUCACAAUAUUUAUGCUAUAUAUUUAUAUUAUGUGAUGAAAAGAUGCUAAACAAUAUUUUGGGUAAUUAUGCAGUAUAGCGGACCCAUUUCCGAUGACC